UAAGGUUUUGAAUCAUCCGAAAAAAAAGAGAGACGCGAGCAAUACGAGAGAUAAAGAGAGAGGUUUAGGUUUGGUUAUUAUCUUGUGAUAUUUAUUUUGUUUUUGUGAAACAUUAUUUUUUUAAGAGUGAAUAAGAGAUAAGUUUUGGUAUCAAAUUUAUUCGAAAUCUACAUCAAAAGGUAGGUUAAAAACCUAACAUGAAGAGUGGGAGAGAAGUUAAGAACGGUGGUGUCGAGGAAGAGAGAGCUGCAAAGCGGAAGAGAGUGAUAAACGGAGCUGCGAAAGUAGAGGAGGAGAAGAGAAUCGGAGAAGCUCAAGGGGAGCUCGAUGACGACGAUGUUGAUGCCUCCUCUAAGGUUCUUCGGGGGAAACAUUCAUCACGCCAUGUUGAAGUUGGUCGAGAUUGCCCUUAUCUUGAUACCGUCAAUCGUCAGGUCUUGGAUUUUGAUUUCGAGAGGUGUUGCUCGGCCACCAUGUUGAAUUUGAACGUGUAUGCGUGUCUUGUAUGCGGGAAGUACUUCCAAGGAAGAAGCCGUAAGUCACCUGCUUAUACACACAGCUUGGAAUCAGGGCACCACGUUUAUAUCAACCUUGUCACGGAGAAGGCGUAUUGUCUUCCUGAUGGUUACGAGAUCAACGACCCUUGUUUGGAUGACAUUCGUCAUGUUUUAAACCCAAGGUUUAGUAGAGCACAAGUAGAAGAGUUUGAUAGGAAUAAGGAGUGGUCUAGGGCUCUUGACGGCUCUCAUUAUCUUCCGGGGAUGGUGGGGUUGAACGACGUACAAAAGAGUACAGAGUUUGUGAACGUUACAAUCCAAUCGUUGAUGAGAGUUACUCCUCUACGUAACUUUUUCCUUAUUCCCGACAACUAUCAGCAUUGCAAGUCUCCUCUUGUUCACCGCUUUGGGGAACUCACUCGAAAGAUUUGGCAUGCUCGCAACUUCAAAGGACACGUCAGUCCACAUGAGUUCGUGCAAGCUGUCAUGAAAGGCAAGAAACGAUUCAGGAUAGGCCAACAGUCAGAUCCAGUAGAGUUUAUGUCUUGGCUCCUCAACACUUUGCACGUGGAUCUUCGAACUUCAAAGGACGCCAGCAGUAUUAUCCACCAGUGCUUCCAGGGUGAGUUAGAAGAGGUGAGAGAGUAUCAAGAAGGUAUUGAAAAGAAAGAAAUCUCCAGGAUGCCUUUCCUGAUGCUUGGGCUAGAUCUGCCACCGCCUCCUCUUUUCAAAGAUGUCAUGGAGAAAAACAUCAUUCCGCAGGUUGCUCUAUUCGAUCUGUUGAAGAAGUUUGAUGGAGAAACGGUGACAGAGGAAAGGCUAGCCAGAAUGAGAUAUCGAGUAACGAAAUCUCCUCCCUACUUGAUGUUCCAUAUGGUACGGUUCAAGAAGAACAACUUCUUCAAGGAGAAGAACCCUACCUUGGUUAGCUUCCCAAUGAAAGACAUGGAUCUGAGGGAUUGCAUACCAUCAUUGCCUACUACAAAGUAUAAUUUAAUCGCCAACAUUGUACAUGAUUCGAAGCCAGAGGAUGGGUAUUUCAGAGUGUUUGUGCAGCGCAAGUCGCAAGAACUGUGGUACGAGAUGCAGGAUCUGCAUGUUGCAGAGACGCUUCCACAGAUGGUAGAACUAUCGGAAGCAUACAUGCAGAUAUAUGAGCUGCAGGAGGAAUAGAGCAGGCAGGAAACAAAGCUUUUACUCCUCGGCGUUUUAAGAGUUAGUUUCCAGGUUUUAUUUCUUGAAUUGAGGAUAGAGAAGAGAUUAAACAUUUGUUCUUCAAUAACUCCUUUAGGUGAUAGAUAAUCUUGAACCUCUUAAAUAUCCAGGCUAGAUGUCAUAUAAUUCGGUAUUGAAAGACCCAAGAAAAAACGAAUAUAUGGAACAGCCAUUUGAAUCAUUUUGAGGUUUUCUUUAUAAAUCUACUUGGGUAAGCGCGGGAUUUUGACGUAAUUAUGUGUUUUGUCGAAAUAUUUUUUUUUUAGUUUGAAAAGAAUAAUUAUCUAUUUUGGUGACAAAUUAUUUAAAUGUGAUCUUUUUUAUAUAACAUGUUAUGAUACCGAGAGCUGAAUUAGUUGUUGUUAACCAAAUUGCAUAAUUAUACUGUUGUAAUUUUUGAAAUGAUAUAAUAUUUUAUUUUUAUUAA